AUUUCAAAGAUGAACACACCAGACGCCUACCCCGAAAUCCAGGAUGUCAUCAUCAUCGGCGCGGGACCCUGUGGUCUAGGCGUCGCCGCCCGUAUCCACGAAGAAACCCCCUCCGCAAUGUUCACAGACGAGGAGCACCAACGGUACCACUGGAUUAAAAAACAUACCGGAAAAAUGAAUCUAGUACAAGCGGGCCGGAGCAAGAAAAAGGGCGUUCGGGCUGAGAAAUGGAAUCGCGGACUGAAGAAUCUUUCUCCAGAGAAGAACCAAAGCGACGCGGGAGAGAAACAGCGCAGAGAAUCAUCGGACUCCGGAUCCUCUGUUCCAUCGCUUGCAUCAUCAGCAGAGAGCGUGGAUUCAUCUUCUUCAUCUUCAUCUCCUACGUCGAUAUCAACACUGGUAUUAGAUGGAUCGGGAGAACAGUGGUUGCAGAGGUGGAAUAAUGCAUUUCGCACAUUGGAAAUUAAGCAGUUGAGGAGUCCGAUGUUCUUCCACGUUGACCCUGGUGAUCGAGAUGGAAUGCUUGCUUAUACGCAGGAGAUGGGAAGAGAAGUUGAUCUAUGGGAGAUUUCAGGGUGUGUAGGGAAAGAAACGAGCAAGCAUAAGAAGAAGAAGAGACGACAGGGAGGAAAAUCGCAAACUAUUGGCGGAGUUGAGAUUGAUGAACGAGAUCGGAAGGAUUACUUUUCGCCAUCGACUGGUCUCUUCAAUGAUUACUGCAAUUCUAUCAUUGAGCGAUAUGGUUUAGAUGAACCAGGCAAAAUAUUGAAGCAGGAAGUUGCUGAUAUGACGUAUGGUUAUUUACCCGAGAGAGGAGAUGUACCAGUGUCAAACUCGAAGAUAUUUGCUUUGACCACAGCUUCGGGCUUGAAAUUUUAUGCCCGGGCUGUUGUUCUCGCUAUGGGUGCUGGUGGUGCUGGAAUUUCUAAGAUCUUCCCGUGGAAGCCUACUAGCAAAGAAGAGGGUGCUGAAGCAUGCUGCCACAGCAUGGAAAUCAAGUCUUUUCCAAGUCCGAAUGUUCGAAAUAAGAUUCAGUGUCGACAGGAAACGAACGUUGUGGUUGUUGGAGGAGGACUUUCAUCUGCACAGAUUGUAGACAUGGCUAUCCGGAAAGGUGUUACUAAAGUGUGGUUUUUGAUGCGCUCAGGUUUGAAAAUUAAGCAUUUUGAUCUCAGUCUGCCAUGGCUGGGUAAAUAUAAAAAUUGGGAGAAAGCAGCUUUUUUCUCUGCAGAUACAGAUGAAGAACGCCUCGACAUGAUUAAAGCUGCCCGGAACGGCGGGAGCAUCACACCUCGUUACGUCAAAAUCGUCAAGCAGCAUGCCGCAAGCCACCGGGUAUCGAUCCAUCCAUACACUAUGAUCAAAUCGCACGAAUAUAAUCCAGAAGCUCAGACUUGGAAUCUGACCACGGACCCGCCGAUCCCCAACCUACCUCCAAUCGACUAUAUCUACUUCGCGACCGGGGCUCGGGCGAACGUACGCGAAAUGUCUCUACUUAAGAACAUGAAUGAACAAUACCCUGUAGAAGUGAUAGAGGGUCUACCAUGUCUAACAGAAGAUCUAAUGUGGAGGGAAGAUGUACCUCUAUACAUGACGGGUCGAAUGGCAAGUCUACGACUUGGUCCCGGAGCACCCAAUCUUGAGGGCGCAAGAACAGGCGCCGAGCGAAUAGCAUGGAGCCUGGAAGAGCUCCUAGAGAAGGGGAGGGAGGUUGGGGAUCGGUGCGAGGGAUUCUGUGGGCUGGGAAAUCGGUAUGCUUCGCUGCUCGGUGAUGCAGAUGAGUAA